UCGUAUGUCCCAUGACAUAUGAGCAUGGUGGAGACGUCACCAUGAGAUUCAGAGACCCGCUUGGUGUGCCUUUCCAUCUGACCUACUCAGAUGGACUCUUGGCAGGUUCAGCGCAGCCAGGCAAGAGGACAGAGAAGCACUCAGAAAUUUCCCGUUUGUCUGUUGAGGUGGAGGGCCCAUGUGGUCCUGGUCGCGUCAGGGGGUGCUCUGCAGCACAGGGUAACAUGGGCGGCCCGAGCGAUGUCGCGAUGUCGCAGAGCCCGGGGGAAGAAGAAGAAGUGCACGUCGGAACCACCACGUGGGCAGACGCCCGCAGGCAGAAAGAAGGUGAACCCCAAGGCAGUGCCAGCGACCGGAGACACCACAGGUGCACGAACUCAGGUCCCCAGACACCGUCGACGCCCCGGGAUGGCAACUUUGUCGAAAAUCAGAAAGUUGCAACGAUCCACCGACCUUUGCUUGGUUUUCAGGCCGUUCUUGCGGCUCGCGCGCGAGGUUGUGGAGGAGGACAUUGCUCCGGGUAUGGGCGUGAGGUUUCAGAUGACGGCGGUGCGUGCUUUGAUGGAGGCUGUCGAGGCGUACCUGGUCGCCAAUUUCGAGAACACCAACGAGGUGGACAUCCAUUCGAAGAGGGUGACGAUCCAGGUCAGGGACAUGAGAUUGGUGGAUAGGUUGUCGAAGCCUCGCUGGGUUGAGAAAUAUCAAGGGAUGUGUGAAGAAGGAGACGUGGACAUGACAAUGCAGCAGAAAGGGGGGACAUAUACACCUGCGGAUUUCAAGAAGUUGUUGGGCACUGUGGCACGGAAUGGGGGGAUGCUGGUUGAUGGGUCGAAGGACGAGUUGAAGAGUGGUGCUGCAGAAAUCUUGGUGUUGUCCAGAAUGAAGGACAUUACACAAACACCGCCAGAAGACUUUCAAGAUGUUCCUGUUAUUGUUGCAGAAGGUGUGGAAUAUAUUCUGCUGGAUCAACUUCUGGACUUCAUGAAAAAGAGUGUCAACGAUAGGAACGCCAUCCAUGAGGCGUUGCACGAAGUCACAGAGUUUGCACUGCAGGGUCAAGAUCUGAUAGAAUUUGUGCCAGCAAGAACAGAAGACAACAUCAUAUCUGGCAGACCGUUGUGGGUGGAGUUAUUAUCAGCUGCUUUGGAGCGGCUCGGUCUUGCAAGUUGCGAUACAGCAACGAGAGAGGAGCUAGUGUGUUCCGAUAUCUUCAAUGCUUUCACAAUGGAGAAAGAACAGUGUGAUCGUGGAUUUGAAGAGGUCGGUUUGCCAAGUUGUGGUGCAGAGUACAUAGACAGUGCAAAAGAAGAAGAUGAAGAAGAGGAUGAGGGGGCAUCAUCUUCUGACGUGGAAGUGAGCGGCAAUGAUGUCAACAGCGACGAGGAAGACGAGGAACAUGAUGUAUACUAUGAUUUGAAGGCGGCGGGUGGACAAGUGACAAAAGGGUGGGCACAUGCAAUUCUGAGGUUCACACGUGCUUUUCCCGAUCCGCACAAAGUGCUGCGUGUUGUGAUGAAGGGGGCAACACCAGAUGGUGCACUACACGGCGUUGAGAACCAUCCACCCAAGGCCCCCGAGAAGAGGUCGCAGGAAGACGGAAUGUCAAAGGUGCACCGCAUGACAAAAAAAAGAAUCAUGUACAAAAAGGACAAAAUGGUGGAGAUAAUCGAUCUGAGAGCCUCGGACAAUAUGCACAGCGCGGCCCGAGAGAAAGCAGAAGAGGAACACGACCAGUCCAUAUCAGAAAAGUCUGACGGGGAGGAGAACGAGGCAACAAAUGACGAGGGAGGUGACAGUGAAACUUCCGACGGACAUUAUCGCGACACUCACGACGCUGAUGACGAGGACGGCAGGAGCAGCGACGGCACAGCGCAGGACGAGGGCGGUGACGGGGCAGGCGAAGACGACAGAAGCGCGGACGGAAGAGGGAGUUCCCCAUCUCCGGAAAGAACACGACGCACGAGGGAACCCGAAAGUGACGGCGAGGGAGGCGCAGCCGACGCGCCCUCCAUUGACAGACAACUAGUGAGGCACGACAACGCAGUUAAAAAAGGUAAACAAAAUGUGCUGCAGUUGCUCCUCUUGCACAACGAUUACGUGGUAACGGCGCAAAGUGAUGAUAUUUCCUUAAUGCGAGGAUGUCGCUGUGAUGACCGAACAGUUGAAACGGGUUGUCGAAUUUCGCAGGAUUCUGCUUGUACGAUCGUAGCAAACAGAUCACCAGCUCCCUACUCGCAACAAGAUGUGAGCAAAGAUGAAGGAGAACAAAAUGUGGAAACGGAGCGGCAACGAUCCUUGGGGCGCCCCAACCUUCAAGACGACACUCACAAAGGUUUUCCAGAUGAGGAGGGACGGCGUAAACCUUGGCGUGACCCUGCAACAACUGGCUUUUGCAGAGAUGGUUCUGCAAUGUGAAAUCGAGCAGACAACAAAGACCAGCAAAGCGG